CUGUCUCUCUCUCUCUCUUUCUCUCCGUCUCUCUCUCUUCAUUUCUUCGCUUCCCUUCUCGCCGUUUCUUCUCUGUGGCUGAGAGCUUCAUCGUGAAUUGCUCAGACCACUUCUUUCAUUCCUCAGUCUUCUGGAGCACUGUUUGUUAUUGCAGCGACCAUCUCUAUCAGUGAAUGGGUAGGAUAAGACGAUAAGGUCAUCUCUGCUGUUAAUUUGAAGGUUGAGUUUAAAGAAAGACAACCGCUUGAGCUUACUUCAAUCUAGAGAAGGUCAAGAAUGGCGCCCAGGAACAACCGCGGAAAGGCCAAAGGAGAGAAGAAGAAGAAGGAAGAAAAGGUGCUUCCGGUAGUCGUGGACAUCACUGUAAACCUUCCCGAUGAAACUCACGUGAUACUUAAGGGGAUCUCGACGGACAGGAUCAUCGACGUUCGCCGGCUCCUGUGCGUGAACACCGAGGCGUGCCACGUCACGAACUUCUCGCUGUCGCACGAGGUUAGAGGGCCCGGAUUGAAGGACACCGUGGACGUCUCUGCGCUGAAGCCAUGCACGCUCGCGCUCAUCGAAGAGGACUACGAUGAAGAGCGCGCGGUGGCGCACGUGCGGCGCCUCCUGGACAUCGUCGCCUGCACGGCGUGCUUCGGCCCGUCGGCGGCUGGGGGCAAGGACCCUCCCCAGCCCGAGGCGCGGAAGAGCGGUCCGGACCCGCAGGACAGGGGCGCCAAGAAGAACGGGAAGGCUUCCCAGGCAGCCGGCAAGCGAGCCGCCGCUCCUCCGCCGUCGAGCCCGCCGCCCAAGGAGCCCGCCGCGGACGGAGACGGGGAGAUGAGCCACUCCUGCCCCAAGCUCGGGAGCUUCUACGACUUCUUCUCGCUCUCUCACCUCACUCCUCCUCUUCAGUAUGUGAGGAAGGCGGCAAAGCGGCACGUCGAUGAGGUGUAUCCGGAUGAGCAUCUUUUCUCGCUUGACGUGAAGCUGUGCAAUGGGAAGUUGGUCCAUGUCGAAGCCUGCAAGCGAGGCUUCUUCAGCGGCGGAAAGCAGCCGAUUCUGUGUCACAAUCUUGUCGAUUUGUUACGACAUCACAGCCGAGCUUUUUACAAUGCAUACGAUGAUCUCAUGAAAGCAUUUUCAGAACGAAACAAGUUUGGGAACCUUCCUUAUGGAUUUAGAGCAAACACAUGGCUCAUACCUCCUGUCGCAGCUCAAUCACCAUCCAUUUUUCCUCCUCUGCCUGUGGAGGAUGAAGGGUGGGGAGGAAAUGGUGGUGGUCUAUGUAGAGAUGGCAAAACUGAUUUGCUGCCAUGGGCUAACGAGUUCUUGUAUCUAGCAUCUAUGCCUUGCAAGACAGCAGAAGAGAGGCAGGUCCGCGAUAGAAGAGCUUUCCUUCUACAUAGCUUGUUUGUUGAUGUCGCCGUUUUAAGGGCAGUUUCAGCUGUGCAGCAUGUAUUGCGAAAUCUAGAUUUAAUCAGCUCUACUGCAGACGUUAAUUAUUUGUAUUCAGAGAAAGUGGGAGACUUGUGCGUCACGGUAAUCAAGGAUGCUUCCAAUGCAAGCCGUAAGAUAGACACAAAAGUUGACGGGAUUCAUGUGACUGGGAUGGAUCAAAAGAAAUUAGUGGAACGAAACCUGCUUAAGGGGAUUACUGCUGACGAAAAUACUGCAGCGCAUGACAUAUCCACUUUAGGAAUUGUCAACGUGAGAUACUCUGGUUAUAUUGCUGUCGUAAAAGUUGAGGGGCAAGAGAGUGAAAAGGUCUUUCCUGUACCUACAGGCAUUGAACUUCUUGAUCAACCUGAAGGUGGUGCCAAUGCCCUCAACAUUAACAGUUUAAGAUUACUCCUUCAUAAAAGUGUUGCCCCAGAAAACAAUAAACACGUCCAACAGUUGCAUCCUUCAGAGCAUGAUGAGCUCAGUGCUUCUGAAUCCAUUGUGGAGAGACUGUUGGAAGAUAGUCUUGGAGAGCUUGAAAAAAAGGAUGAAAAGAGAGAUCAAUUUGUGAGAUGGGAACUUGGAGCAUGCUGGAUACAGCAUUUACAGGACCAAAAUAAUUCAGAAAAGGAUAAAAAGGUUUCUACUGAGAAGGCUAAAACUAAAAAUGAGAUGAAGGUCGAAGGACUUGGGACACCUCUCAGGUCCCUUAAGAACAACAAGAAAAACCCACUGAAGAUGGAGAAUUCUUCUUCCAAGGCGAAUUGUGUUGCCGGAGAAGCUGAAAAUGCUAUAUCACCUUCUACGGAGACUGAACUCGAAUCUAUGAUGAAAGAGAAUGAGCUUGCACUCAAGACUAUGAUGUCUGAUGCAGCCUUUGGCCGCCUAAAAGAAUCGGAAACUGGACUUCACCGAAAGUCUUUGCCACAGCUCAUCGAACUGUCUCAGAAAUAUUAUAACGACGUUGCCCUUCCAAAACUGGUGGCUGAUUUUGGUUCGUUAGAACUCUCACCAGUUGAUGGUCGGACUCUAACCGACUUCAUGCAUACUAGAGGUCUUCGCAUGCGUUCUCUUGGGCAUGUUGUCAAGCUUUCUGAAAAGCUAUCACAUGUGCAAUCUCUCUGUAUUCAUGAGAUGAUAGUACGAGCUUUCAAGCACAUUCUUCAAGCUGUGAUUUCUUCGGUCACUAAUGUUGAGAAAAUGGCAACGUCAGUAGCUGCUGCACUGAAUCUGAUGCUCGGUGUGCAUCCAACAGGAGAAAAGAGUAAAGAUUGCAGUUUCCCUCCCCUUGUAUGGAGAUGGUUACAAGUUUUUCUUCUGAAACGCUAUGAGUGGGAUGUUAGCAGCUUAAACUACAAAGACGUUAGGAAAUUUGCAAUAUUGCGGGGAUUAUGUCAGAAGGUUGGCAUUGAGCUGGUUCCGAGGGACUUUGACAUGGAAUCUCAACAUCCUUUCUGCAAAACAGAUGUCAUCAGCCUGGUUCCAGUGCAUAAGCAAGCAGCGUGCUCAUCUGCUGAUGGAAGGCAGCUGCUAGAAUCAUCAAAAACUGCUUUAGACAAGGGGAAACUUGAAGAUGCAGUAGCCUAUGGGACAAAAGCUCUGGCAAAGCUUGUAGCAGUUUGCGGUCCUUACCAUCGAAUGACGGCUGGGGCUUACAGUCUUCUUGCUGUAGUGUUAUAUCAUACUGGAGAUUUCAAUCAGGCAGCAAUAUAUCAACAAAAGGCGUUGGACAUCAAUGAGAGAGAACUGGGACUUGAUCACCCGGAUACAAUGAAAAGUUACGGUGACCUUGCAGUGUUCUAUUACAGACUUCAACACACGGAGCUGGCUCUCAAGUAUGUAAAGCGUGCUCUCUAUCUGUUACAUCUUACUUGUGGUCCUUCUCAUCCCAACACGGCUGCUACAUAUAUCAAUGUGGCAAUGAUGGAAGAAGGCCUGGGGAAUGUGCAUGUUGCCCUCAGAUAUCUCCAUAAAGCACUAAAAUGUAACCAAAGGUUACUUGGACCAGACCAUAUCCAGACAGCAGCAAGUUACCAUGCCAUAGCAAUUGCACUCUCAUUGAUGGAAGCUUACCCCUUAAGCGUUCAGCAUGAACAAACAACCUUACAAAUUCUCAGAGCGAAAUUGGGCCCCGACGACUUACGUACACAGGAUGCUGCUGCUUGGCUUGAGUAUUUUGAGUCCAAGGCUUUUGAACAGCAAGAAGCUGCACGGAAUGGAACCAGAAAGCCUGAUGCAUCCAUAGCCAGCAAAGGUCACCUAAGCGUAUCUGAUCUGCUUGACUACAUAAAUCCUAGUCAGGAUGGCAAAGGGAGGGAUGCUUUAGCAAUGAAGAGAAAACCCUAUAAUUCAAAGUUGAGGGAAAAAUCUUUAAAGAGUAUUUUGCCACCAAGCUCUGAUGCCUCUCCCGAAGAAUCCUCAAAGGAAGAUUUGGAUGAAGAGCCCCUUAGACCAAGAAAUGGAAGUAGCACGGACUUUGACCAGGAAAAACGCAUUGAGGUGGGAAGUGGGGCAGAUGCUGAUCUGGUAAUGGAACCUAUAUCGACCCACCUACAGCAGCCCUUCUUGGAAGACACUACUGAGGAAAAGUCACUAUAUUCUGACAAAAUCUUGCUGGAAACACAUGAUGGAGAUGAUGGUUGGCAACCUGUCCAAAGGCCAAGAUCGGCAAGCUCAAUGGGACGGCGAUUAAAGCAGCGGCGGGCAACCAUUGGAAAAGCAUUCAGCUAUCAGAAAAAGAAUACAGAUGCAGAUAUCAGUUCUGCUGCUGGGAUGAAUUCUCAUCCAGGUAAUAGGUAUUACAUCAUAAGGAAAUGGGCAGUUUCUCAUGCAGGUUACCCAGAUCACCAUACUGUCAAUAGUUCCCAAGCUAGCAAAUUCAGCAGAAGAGUAGUUAAAGCUGUAACAUAUAGAGUUAAGUCUACGCCUCCUGCUGCUGAAACUUCAGUAACUGAGAACUCUAGAGACGGUGCCGAGGAUUUUGGCUCUUCACGAGAACAUGCAUCAACUUCUGCAUCGUACAAAAUGAGUUCAGUGGAAGGUUCAAUUGGUACACUCGAAAAGUCUCCUUCAUACAAGGAAGUGGCAUUAGCACCUCCAGGAACCAUCUCUAAAUUGCAUGCAAGGUUCCACAACGAAAGUCCUGAUAAACAGGAGGCCAACAUCUCAAAACAUGAUGCAAAAUCAAAUGAAGAUAAAGGAUCUGCUGACCCAGAGCUAGCAGUAGUAAUAAAUAAAACGGAAGAGGAGACAAAGGACUCUGCAUCAGAUUCCCCAGUCUUGAAGGGUGAAAUUGCAAUAAAAGAGAAGCCAGAGCCAGUUUCAUCUCCUGAUUUGAAGGAACAAGAAAAUACUUUGAUGGUGUCUGAGAAUGUAGGAAGGCUUGAAUCAACUAUGAUCAAGGUGGAGAUGGUGAACAAUGAAGCUCACAACAGCAGUGGUGUGUCAAGUUCAGAUGAUCCUCAGGAGAAAGAACUUGAUGAAAAGGAAUCAUCGAGGAGUUCUGAACCCCACGAAAACUCAGGCAGCUCCUUGUCAGAGGUAGAGGAUGUGAAAAAUAAAUCUUUAACCUUGAACUCCAGUGAGGGGAGGGGACUGCCAAAUAAGAAACUAUCUGCCUCUGCAGCUCCUUUUAAUCCUUUGCCAGCUGUUGCACGUGCCAUGCCCGUUACCAUGAACAUCACUCUCCCUUCUGCUCCUGGGGCUGUCCCCACUGUCGCACCUUGGCCAGUGAACAUGGCACUCCAUCCAGGGCCCACUACUGUGAUGCCCACAGUUACUCCAUUAUGUUCCUCUCCUCACCAACAUUAUCCAUCACCUCCUCCAACUCCGAACAUGAUGCAGCCCUUACCCUUUCUAUAUCCUCCUUAUACUCAGCCUCAGCCAAUACCCACCAGUACCUUUCCUGUGACGAGCAGUGCCUUUCACCACAAUCACUUUGCCUGGCAGUGUAAUAUCAACCCCAAUGUAUCCGAAUUUGUCCAUCGACCAGUUUGGCCUGGAUGUCAUCCUAUGGAAUUCUCUAUGCCAUCACCUGUUGCUGAGCCUAUCGCUGAUUUCAUGUUGGAGCAAAAAGUGCAGCCUGUUGAAUCUGAUACCUCAGAUCCAGCUCCGGUUCUGCCUGUGGAUAUUGACAAUGUGGAAGAAUCUAAGGAAGAAGUAAAUCCUCCAGCAUUGGAGGUGGUGGAUAGUACCAAAAUAGUUGAUUGUGUUGGAUCAGAAGAUGUCAAGGAAAAUGGUCAAUCAAAUUCAUUCAGGCGGGACAAUCCCAGUAUUUUGCAAAGUCAUGAAGGUAUGCAAAAAGAAAAUGGCGGUGGAAGUGAAAUAACUUGUGAUGGUGAGAAAACCUUUAGCAUAUUGAUCAGGGGAAGACGAAAUCGGAAACAAACUCUGAGAAUGCCAAUUAGUUUGCUCACCAGGCCAAAUGGGUCACAAUCCUUCAAAGUAAUAUACAACAGAGUACUUAGAGGGAGUGAGGCUCCCAAGUCUGUAAGCUUUUCUUCAAGUGAAGCUUGUUCAGCUGCUGCUACAUAACCUGGCUUUUUGAGUUCUUAUAAUGUGAGGCAGGAUCCACGAGGGAAAAGAGUAGAAAAUGGUGAGCUUUAUUAUUUUGGAAGCCAGAAAGGACGGGCAGUGUGGAUUUUUUCUGGUUCACUCCAGUCAUCCUGUCAGUUUCGUAAUGAGGCCAUCUUAUGAAAAGAUGAGGUUCAAGAAGGGUUAUUACUUUUUAAACUAGGAAAUCCUUUUUGAGGUGACAGUUUUGGUCAUUGUUGCUAUUGCAUUUUGACUUUUGAUUUCGUAGCUUUUGAAGACAGAUAAGAAGAUAAAGUUUCCCAUCCACGACAAGGGCUUCGAUUAGUUUAUUUGAGGCAAACUGUAUAUGACUUUGAUAUUCUUUCAGUAGGAAUAGGCUAUUGACAGAGUCGUUGAAGUUGAUGCUGCUUAUUAACUCUUGUCUAGAGAACAUGGAAAUAAAGCAUAUCUUCUGGCCUUGCUGGGCUUACUGAAA